CCAAUAAAACAAUAUUACUGCGUUUGAAAUUAUCAGUAUUCGUUUUUAAACAAUUGUGAAACAGGUAAGAACUUGUCUGUGUUCAUUACUCACACAAAUUAAGGUACCUCACUGAAUCUAUGGGCAUUUCUUGGCGAAAUUCAGACCACGACCUUGAGUAAUUUAAGUUAUGGACAUAUUCGAAAUAAACAAAAAGAUCAUGGAGUAAAAGAUACGGAAGUGCUUCACUCCACCAACCGUGAGUGCGUUGUCCACCAGCCCCUGUCCCCCAUCCACUUAACGAUGCGUCGGUAAACAUUUCCAGAUCAAACGAAUCACACCGAAAAUGGUGCUGCAACAACUCUCAAUCGAGAAAAUGAUGUUCAAACCGAAAAUCGACCAAUCAACGCUAUCUCAAGUGCUCGCGUUGUCUGCAAAGAAUCUCCUCAUCAUUGCAUUCGGAUUAAACUUGGGAAUACCAACGAUAUUAAUUCCGGGUCUUCUAGAGGAUAACAAGCAGGGCCUGUUUUUGGUAACCAAAGACGAGGUUAGUUGGAUAGGCUCUAUCUUCAUGGCGUCGGUUCCCCUUGGAAGCCUAUUUUCGGGUGUAACCAGCAACUACCUAGGUCGGCGGAGGUCGCUGCAACUCGUUGCUAUACCGUUCAUUUUGUGCUGGGUGGUUUUAUACUAUUCCACCCAGAUAUGGCAAGUGUACACGGCCUUGUGCGUUUUAGGUCUCUUUGGAGGACUGAUCGAGGCGCCGUUUGCUGCGUACGUCUCGGAAACAACAGAACCAGGCGUACGUGGAGCUUUGUCUACCAUGACAAAUGUGGCGGUGGCCAUAGGUUAUCUUAUUGAAUUUCUUAUGGGUGCUUUUUUACAUUGGCGCAAAGUAAUGUUAUACUGCACGAUUGUGCCAGCUUUGUCGUUCAUCGCGCUGACUAUUGUCCCCGAGAGCCCCCACUGGUUAAUCAUGAACAACAAAGAGGAAGAAGCGCGCAAGAGCUUGGCGUGGUUGAGAGGAUGGACUAAAACUGAAAACAUAGAAGGGGAAUUUGUGGAAAUAUGCAAAUACCUUGACCAACACGGAGUGAACAAGAAAAUGGGAAUAAGAGAAAAGACUGGCUUUUUUUUCAAGAAAAACUUCUUAUGGCCAUUUGGAUUGGUCAUGUUCGUCUACUUUUUGGUUUAUUUUACCGGUGGCAUCACUUUACUGACGUAUAGUGUUAAUAUCUUCAAGACUUUUGAAGUUCCUAUUGAUAAUUACUACGCCACUCUUCUUCUGGGCGUGACCCAGCUUCUGGGUUCGUUAUGUCUAUUAUCGCUGGUGCGCAAACUGGGAAAGCGAGUGAUAUUGUUUUUUGCGUUGAGUACAAUGGGAUUGUGCUCGUUAUCGGUGGCUUGUUAUGCGUAUGCAUCUGGAAUAAAAUCUAUAAUCCUCGACGACGACGACUCAGAGUCUUUUUUUAAAGACCAGACGGGCUAUGAGUGGAUUCCGUUGGCGUUUCUUGUGCUUCUCUGUUUUAUGUUUUAUUUUGGAAUGUAUAUCAUGCCUUGGCUACUGAUAUCAGAAGUUUUUCCUUACGAAACACGAUCCACAGGGUGCGGAGUUUGUUCGGCAUUAGCAAAUGUCUUCGGUUUCAUCACAAAUAAAUCAUUUCUUUACAUUAUUGAUUCCAUGUACCUCUUUGGUAUGUACUUUACUUAUGCGGCAAUCAGCUUCGUGGGUGUCACUGUGCUAUAUUUCCUGCUACCAGAAACCGAAGGAAAACCUUUGCCUGAUAUUACAGAUCACUUCAAGGGUAUAUCAAAGUUAAGUAAUAAGGUCGAGAAAAAAAGUUCUGCGCCUAUCAAGGCAGCCAUUGAUAAUAAUCCCAUUUCAAUACCAUAGGCCCAGUGGCACCAUGCGUUCAUCUAGCCCCGAUUCUGAAAAAUCCAUUCAGAUGAAGCGUAAACCGUGAUCACAUAUCACAAGUUCUCAUGUACGUACUAUAGUGGGUACGUCACUAACCCUAAUCGAAAUGAUUUAUUUGUCAUCCACCUAGAACUUUCUUCCUUUGUAGGAAGUGCAAGACCCAUGGGCAAGUAGAAUCUUUUGGUGAAUGCCCUUAUUAACCACUUUGGUAACAUCACCGUUUAUGGUCUUAUGUGUUGACAACGAAUUUACUUAUAGUAAGUAGAAAAUUGUACAUAGCUAGAAUUGUAUUUUAAAGGGUCGGCCUCUGCUGACCUAGGGAAUUAAGUUCGAUCGACCUGAAUCUCUGUAAUCAUUAAACGUUAUCAUCAUAGCUUCGGCUACUAUCGAACAUAUCAUAAAUCAUACAUAUCGAGAUUAAAAUUGCACCCGAUGAUUCGGCCACUUAAAUAAAGAUAAAUAAAAUACG